GGGAGUGAGAGAGAGUAGGAGCCAAGCUCUGAGGACUUGCCCAAGCCACAGAUACAAGGAAGAUCCAGAGGAAAUUUUUUUUCUCUCUCUCGCUUCCUAAGCUCCUAAUUGAAGCUUUUGUUUAAUUCUGUGCAGCAUCUCGGACUGACAGCAGACAGCAAUGGAAGAGAAUAUGGAAGAAGGGCAAACACAGAAAGGAUGCUUCGAGUGCUGCAUCAAGUGCCUGGGUGGUAUUCCGUACGCAUCGCUGAUUGCCACAAUCCUACUGUAUGCUGGGGUGGCACUGUUCUGUGGCUGUGGCCAUGAAGCCCUCUCUGGAACAGUCACAAUCCUGCAGAAUAACUUUGAGGUGGUAAAAGGUGCUGGAGACGCCUUAGAUGUUUUCACUAUGAUUGAUAUCUUCAAGUAUGUCAUCUAUGGUGUGGCUGCUGCCUUCUUUGUCUAUGGCAUUCUGCUGAUGGUUGAAGGAUUUUUCACAACUGGUGCAAUUAAGGAUCUUUAUGGAGAUUUCAAGAUCACUACCUGCGGUCGAUGCGUUAGUGGAUGGUUUAUCAUGCUGACUUACAUCUUCAUGCUGGCUUGGUUGGGAGUGACGGCCUUCACCUCACUGCCUGUCUUCAUGUACUUCAACAUCUGGACACUCUGCCAGAAUGUCACCGUCAUGGAGUCCACUGAUCUCUGCUUUGACCUCCGUCAGUUUGGUAUUGUGCCUAUUCAUGAGCAGAAGAUGGUCUGUACUUUGAAUGAGAACUUCAGCAAACUUUGUCAAUCUAAUGAUUUGAACAUGACAUUCCAUUUGUUCAUUGUGGCCCUGGCUGGAGCGGGAGCAGCCGUCAUUGCUAUGGUUCAUUACCUAAUGGUGCUCUCUGCCAACUGGGCCUACGUGAAAGAUGCUUGUCGGAUGCAAAAGUAUGAGGAUAUCAAAUCAAAGGAGGAGCAGGAGUUGCAUGACAUCCAUUCUACCCGUUCGAAAGAGCGGUUAAAUGCCUAUACAUAAGAUGUCCUGCCCCCUCACUUGCACCAGUCACUUCUUUGUAUCUGACUAAAACUUAACAACUGACUCACAACCCUGGUUACCAGUUCAGUAAGUUCCUAUGUGAUUUGACCACACAUUUCUUUCUUAAAAAAAGUGAUUCAAAAAUGCAAACGCCUCAUCAUUUAGGAGAAAGGACAAACCUCAUUCCAUUCACAAAAUUCCAUUGGGCUUGUGAAAUGUUUCAUUCAAUCAUUUUUUUCUUAAAUGAGACUUUGAUAUUUGUGAUUUUUUUAAAGAUAUUCUCUUUUAUUUUUAUUGAUAAAAUUUGUAAUGGAACCAUGCAUCAAGGGAAAGAGAGAGAUAUAUGCUCAAGUUGGGAAAUCACUGUGGCUGAUUUCAUUAUAUAAAUGCUUAAAGCACUCAUAUCAAUUUCCUCUAAUUCCCAUAGAAUGGAGUUUGCGAAUGCAUUAUUGUUUUGAUUAAAGAGGAGAUUUUGA